AUGUUUUUUUUUUUUUUACUUGCGUGCGUGGGGGUGUGCCUCCGUUGCUGCCGUACCCUUUGGAAUCUUUCUUUCCACCCCUUUUCCCCGUGUCACGAAACGCGAUGGCUGCACGAUAUACAUACAUAUAUGCAUGCUGAUAUGCACGGCAAACUCUUGCUUUUACGGGUUCUCAUUGUGCGCUUAUUAUUUUUUAUUUUAUUUUUGCGGGCUGCUGCGUCAUGUAAUUGUACCUUCCCCCUACACACAGAAAAGACACGAAUAGACUGCAUUACACCACGCAUGCCAGAGGGACCACGUGUGUUGCUGCUUGGCGGCCUGGGCAUGAUUGGCCGUAAUUUCCUCAAGUACAUUGCCGAUCACGAGCUUGCGUCAUAUGUUUGUGUUGCGGACAAAAAAGUUCCAGAGAUGUGUUUCCUCACGCAAGUUUACAAGGAUCUUUUAGCACUUCCAUACGUUGAGGUUGUCCAGGUUGAUUUGUCCCAAAAGGAACAUGUUGAUCGUGUCUUUGCUGGGGAGCCAUUUAGUAUCAUCGUUAACCUUGCCAGUGAAACACGGUAUGGGCAUUUGGACGUUAUGUACGAGCGAAGUAUCCUGCAGUUACGGACUCUUUGCGCGCAGAAAGCUGCCAGAAAAGGCGGAUGCCAGCGCUACGUGGAGGUGAGCACUGCCCAGGUAUAUGAGUCAAACAACAAAUCUCCGUCAAAGGAGACAGGCACUCGAUUGAAGCCCUGGACAAAAAUGGCGAAGUACCACCUUGAGGCAGAAGGAGCCGUUUCAUCCAUCUCGCAGCUCCCAUGGGUGAUUGUGCGGCUCCCAAUCGUUUAUGGACCAGGAGAUAUUUGUGGUCUUAUGCCGCGCAUUGUUUGUGCCGCGGUGUACGAAAAAUCAGGGACUUGCAUGGAGUUCUUAUGGGGAAAAGACCUACGAAUACAUACGGUGCACGUGCAAGAUGUUGUUGCAGCUAUGUGGCAUAUUGUGUGUGCCGGUGCCAUUCACGAGGUUUAUAACGUCGUGGAUGAUGGUGACACAACACAAGGGAGCCUGAACGCCGUUCUGGAGUCCAUGUUUAAAGUAAAGACGGGAUAUUUUGGGGCUUUGAUGUCCAAUUUGGCAUCCCUCAAAUUGGAGGAACUUGUGGAGGAGGCGAACGACGGUCAUAUGGAACCGUGGACGAAGAUGCUAAGGGAGCAUGGCAUCAGCGUCACUCCUCUCUCUCCGUACCUGGAGCCCGAGCUUCUGUACGAUAACCCACUGGCCGUCGAUGGGUCGAAAUUACGGGCGCUCGGGUUUCGGUGCAGCUGUCCGAAGGUGACGAGGGAAUUGCUCGAUGACAGCUUAGACUACUGGGUCUCCCUUGGGCUUUUUCCCAGGUGA